AUGUCGGCCCCCAUUCCCAUCAACUCCUCGAACGUCCAGUGGCUGGUUUGGCAGCAAUCCAACAAAGUUAUUCCAAGCUGCGCGACUACUUUGUCGUCUCCUGCGUCCACCAUCGGCAUCCUCGGCGACUUUAUCGUUGCCACGAACCGGUGCUCCUGCUCUCCAUCGUCAUCCCAAAACACCUCUGCUUCCUGUGCCUACUCGACCAUCCAGGCGUCCAACAACACCAUCUUAUACUACAACUGUGGCAAGGAUACGACCUGUACCAAGGGCUGCAGCUUCGUGAGUGCCGUAUCGACACUCUCUGUCAGCCCGUGUGCGAUCGGCUUCACGGGGCAAUAUGGCUCAAGUGACUAUACCAGUACCAGCACCUGGGAUUCGAGCUUCAUGACAUCGCAUUUUGCCUAUGCCACCUUCACUGUCAACGAUGCCACCUGUAGGUUUCCGGGUGACAGCAACCGAAUCCCAGUGUACCCUACUUGCACCAAAGUCCUCGCUGGCGUUUAUGGCUACACCAUUGCCAAUCCCAGCUCGGGAAUGCUUGAGCAAUACGGCUGCUCCGAUGCCGGCUGCAACACCUGCCAACUCGCGAGCAGAGGGCCCAUUUCCGCGGCUUGCACUGCCAAUAUCGGUGACUCAGACACUUUCUACACCGAGUACCGUGCCGGGAUCUUCCUGAGCGACCCCACUCUGCAGCUUCCAACGACCUUCCCCAACCAAACGCGACCGAUCGCUACUACCACCGCGACGCCUUAUCCCGACUCGCCCUCGCCCUCUACCGACGCUGGGUCGAGUGCUGGUCUUAUCGGCGGCAUCGUCGCGGGUGUUGUUGCUCUGGUCGUUGCGGUCGGUGUAUUUGUCUGGCUUCGCCGCUCCAAGAGCGAAGGCAAGCCAUCUUAUCCACAGGCUCCCGUAAGCCAUCCGAUCGCCUCGAGCUCUGCGCUGGUCAACGAUCGACCCACUUCCGUGUACAUCCCUUACAGUCAGGCCACGCAAGUUCCGUCUGCCAACAUCCAGCCAGCGUACAGCCAGCCCGCUUACAGCCAGCCUCCUGCCAGCUAUCCCUAUGGCUCUGCUGCAGUUCCCAUGCCUAGCCAUGCGCCCACUGUCUCCCAAAGCUACUCUGGCAGUCUUCAGCCUCCCCAGAGUCACAUCGCCGGCGUUCCUCAGUAUUCAAGUUAUCGAAAUCCAUCUCCGGUCUUGGCAUCCGCUCCGGCUCCGCCGACCCUGAGCUACAGCGAGUCGGUCGGAGCCGUGGAUCGAGUCGAGGGUUAUCGGCCUGGAGCUGCCACAGUGUCGGCCGUCGUUCAGUACACGGUCAUUUCAGCCUUUGACACCAAGGAUCCGGCUCAGACCAACCUGAAUCUCGGCGAUGUCAUUCUUGUUCAUUCCCCAUUCGUCAACGGAUUCGCGCAAGGCUUUAAUCGGUCCACAGGUCUCUCUGUGCUCGUCCCUCAGCACUGCCUUCGAGUUAUUGAUGAAGCCCACACUCAUCCUCUCCCGGGCACUGGAGACGGCCUUCCAAGCUACAUGGCCUGAGUCGCAUGGCCCAAGAUGUGUGGCGGAACAGGAUGCUGAAUGGCGUUGGCCAGAUUACUUCAAGAAGAAUGUGCCCACAAAUUGCUUUGGCGAAUCGAUUAGCUCUUUGCGCCCUGUUUCUCUGCUGUACCGGAUCAAUGCGGAUUUCUAUGAUUUACCCUACCCCAGCACUGCGCUUGCAGCUGCAUGGAUUAUCCAAGUUAGUCCUCAUAUAUUCUUGAUUCCUUGUACUUCUAUGAUUUUGCCUCAAUGUUCAGCUUCCCUAUGGAUUUCCAGAAGUAUAACUCUGGUAACUAAACUGUUGUGUUUGAUUCAAUACAUCAGCUUGAAG